CAGCGGCGGCGGCGGCGGCGGCUUAGGCGCCGCAGGAGUCAGCCCAUUCCCAUGGAGACGACCCCAGCCCCAGCGACCAUGGACGAUGCAGGGUCGGACUUCAACCUGAAGGUCGUCCUGGUCAGCUUCAAGCAGUGUCUCAACGAGAAGGAGGAGGUGCUGCUGGAGCACUACCUCGCCGGCUGGAGGGGGCUGGUCAGGUUCCUGAACAGCCUGGGCGCCAUCUUCUCCUUCAUCUCCAAGGACGUGGUGGCGAAGCUGCAGGUGAUGGAGCGCCUGUGCGGAGGGCCCCAGCGGGACCACUACUGCAGCCUGCAGUCCAUGGUGGCCUACGAGGUGGGCAACCAGCUGGUGGACCUGGAGCGCCGCUCCGGCCACCCGGACUCCGGCUGCCGGACGGUGCUGCGGCUGCACCGGGCGCUGCGCUGGCUGCAGCUCUUCCUGGAGGGCCUGCGCACCAGCCCGGAGGACGCGCGCACGGCCACGCUCUGCACCGACUCCUACAACGCCUCGCUGGCCGCCUACCACCCCUGGAUCGUCCGCCGGGCCGUCACCCUGGCCUUCUGCACGCUGCCCACGCGCAAGGUCUUCCUGGAGGCCAUGCACGUGGGGUCCGCGGAGCAGGCCGUGGCCAUGCUGGGCGAGGCCCUGCCCUUCAUCGAGCACGUGUACGACGUCUCCCAGAAGCUCUACGCCGAGCAUGCCCUGCUGGACCUGCCCUAGGGCCCCGAGGCCCGGCCCCCGCCCCCGGGGCCAGGCUGGGCAGCCGGGGCCCCUCAGUCCCACCGCGGAGCUCCCCGGGGGUGCCUGGGGCAGGAGCGCCACUGUCCCCCUGCCGCUGAGCUUGCGGGGGCCGUGGGCCUGGCGCGGCCCGCUUGGGCUGCAGACGAGAAGGCAGGUGCCGGCCGGCCGGGAGGGUGAGCGAGGGCAGAAGGCAGGGACAGUGGGGCUGGGUCAGAGUUCACACAAGAGGCUGCCCUCACCCCUGAGUCCGGUCUGUGCAGCGGGAGCCCCAGGUCCUCGGAGAGCAGGCUCCUCACCCGCCGACAAUCCAGCAAGCGUGUGCUUCUCAGCCUUUGGGUCCUGGCGUCGGUGGCAGGCGGGCUGUCCCUGGGGCAGGAAGGGAGCACUGCGUCUUGUUCCCUGCCCCCAUCUCCUGAGCCAGGGGCCCAUGUGACCUCCACACGGCAGGCAGCGGGAGCACAGGCCGGCCCUGCCUCCAGCCCUGCCUCCUGCGGCCACACUGCUCCCCAGGCCUCUGCUUGUGAGUCUGCACAGCUCAGCCCCCAAGCCCCCCAGAGCCCCUCCCUGCUGGGCCAGCUGGCCUCCCUGGCACCCAGCGAUGCUGUAUCCCCUCCCCGCGCCCCUGCUGCCCCUGCUGCCCGUCCCCCUGGAGCCCAGAGACUCAGGGUGCACGGCAGAGCGGGGCCUGGACCUCUUUGCAUGAUGGGCUGGCCGAUGGGCACCCCCAGCCUGGCCUGCCCACCGCUCUUCACUGUUAGCUCAGGGCCCUGGUGCCACAGCUGUGC